CUGAGCUGGUGAGCUCGUUCCCAGCUGAAGGGUGAAGAGGGCCCGGCAGGGGGUGACCCCGGUGCGGGGGGGGCACGGGCCAAGGCGGGGAGGGUCACUCGUUGGGGCGGGGCCGCUCAUUAUCUCCCCGGAGCCCGGCUCGCCCCCUCCCCCAGCUGCGAGGCGGGGGAGGCGAGUGCGGCGCCGGCAAGAAGGGGCGGGAGCGAGGAGCGGCCCGGGAGGGUGUAGUUUUGUCUCAGCCAGUCCGGGCGCAGGGAAGCCGCAAAGUCGGGCCGGGAGUGCAGCGGGUCCAAGUCAGCCCGGGCGGCAGGCGGCCCCCAGACCCCGCGCAGGAGCUUUGUUUUAGACACAAUGUCUGCUCCAGCAUCCCAUCCACCAGCUCCCAGUGGCUACCCAAUCCCAUCAGCACCCCCUACAUAUGAAGAGACAACAGGAAUAAACACUUACCCUCCUUACCCUGCCCCGGAAUCUGGGCAUGGACCGAACAUGAAGAGUAUGAAUCCUCCUCCAUAUCUUUCACAACCUGUCCCAGCUCCUAAUCCAAUUACAGUUCAGACUGUGUAUGUGCAGCAGCCGGUAACAUUUUAUGAUCGUCCAGUUCAGAUGUGCUGCCCCUCCUGCAACAAGAUGAUAGUGACACGUCUCUCGCACAGUGCAGGAGCGCUGACCUGGCUGUCGUGUGGCAGCCUCUGCCUGCUGGGGUGCAUAGCCGGUUGCUGUUUCAUCCCCUUCUGUGUUGAUGCCCUCCAGGAUGUGGAUCACUAUUGUCCAAGCUGCCAAGCCCUCCUUGGUACCUACAAACGUUUGUAGGCAAUAUCAAAUAUUGAGUGAAGAUGGAUGUCCAAGAUGGUUCAGCACCUUUUCAAGCUCUUUCUGAACUUCAUGAAGAUCUCUGUGCAUUGUCAUUGUGAAUGGAUCAAGAUAUAUCUCACUAUAUUGUUUUAAUAAUAAGAAUCUACUUAGGGAGACUCAGGACUGGUAACGGGAUAUAGUCUGUCACUUCACAGGCCACUUAUUCAAGUUGAUAGUGACCAAAUGUUGUCUCUCUAUGGUUUAUGCAAAAUAGCUGAUGGUUUGGGUCUGGUUAAUAUUAGAAAGCUCCCUGUGUGGAUUGGCACCUGCGUCACAGAGACCAAGCUCUGAACUGGCAUGCAGACAAACCUACUUUCUCCUGCCUACAAGAGGUGCCUCUGAAAAAGCAUUGAAGCCGGUUGGCAGGGGACUGCGUAUGAUGGUCCUAUUCUGGGGCUAAAAAAGGACUCUGGUCUCCAGAGUAGUCAAUCUGGCACCCUUUACGUGCACUAAAAUUCACUUUAAAUUUGUUUUAAAAAUUGCCUUUAAAAGAAACAGAACCAAAAAUAGCCUGAAGUUUGGCUUUUCCCUUAGGCUGCUUUACCAAAUCCAGCCCGCUCAGGUUACCACGUCAGAUGACUUCUCAACAUGGUCUCCCAGUUUCCUUGCUGUUUGUGAGUUCAGUCAGACCAUUAGCACUGCACAGAGUAUUUUUGUGCAGAAUUGUUUUAUAAAUAUAUAUAUAUAUAUUUUUUUUUUUUUUACUGCUGAGUUAUAAAUCUGUGAAAAUAGCUUUCUAAUAGAAAUGCUGAUAAAGCCAUGGCUAUCAGUGUUUUUCCUAUAAUAUAAUUACAUGAGCCAAAUUUCAAUUCUAAAAAAAACCCUUGGGCCUUUUAGUUUUAUAAAGCUUGGAUUCCAUCUGCAUAAAUUUUUUUU